CGAAAACAAGCUAAAGUGGAUGUAACAGAAUGGCUAUGAAAAAUUCAGAUACAACAACUUAUACUCCAUCUCCAACGACGUCGUUUGGUAAACCUUGGCCGGAGUUCAAUGACGGCCUUACUUACCGCGACAUUCUCCGAUCACCUGAUUCCGGUUUGACUUUAAUUGACUACUACUCCGCUAAGCAUCAAAGCUCAGCUCCUUUAUUAGGUUGGUUGCAGAGGAUCGAGAAUGGUCAGAUAACAGUUGAUGGUGUAGUUGUUGCCGAUCCUACGACUGUCUUAAGGGCUCGUACAGAACUUGUGUAUCAUAGACUUCCUUGGAGAGAACCGUAUGCGCCACACUUACUUGAAGUUUUAUUUGAAGACGAUCAUUUGAUUGCUCUAAAUAAACCAUCUGGUCUACAAGUUUUACCCGGGGGACUAUUUCAGCAGCGAACAGUCCUGACACAGCUCCAAUGGCGUAUGAAAAAUCAAGGAUCAUCAUUAUCAGAUGAAGAAUCAUGCCCUGUUCCAGUUCAUAGGCUUGGAAGAGGCACAUCAGGAAUCUUACUUUGUGCAAAGACGAAGGUUGCAAAAACUCGUCUGGCAGCUCUCUUUGCUGACAAAACAUCUGCGGUUGUCGGAAACAGAAAAUCUGACAAUGAGGUCAAUCACGUGGGCAAAAUGUCUAAGAUAUACAGGGCAUUAGCAUGUGGAGUUAUAAAUGAGGAUGAGGUUGUCAUUGAUCAGCCAAUCGGAACCUUGAAAUAUCCAGGAGUCGCUAAAGGAUUAUAUGUUGCUUCUCCUUCAGGGAAACCAGCAUUGAGCAAAGUUCAUGUUCUGAGGAGAGAUGUAGAGAAUAACCAGACAGUUGUUCAGGUGGAGAUUCAAUCUGGCAGGCCCCACCAAAUCAGAAUUCAUCUUUCGUUCAUUGGCCAUCCUUUGAUAGGUGACCCACUUUAUGUGGCUGGUGGGAUACCGAAGUGUUUUGAUCCUGAAACUGUAGAUGAAACAGUAGCGGAAGAUGGAGGGUAUCACAGGCCUACGAAUCCUGUUCCUGGAGAUUGUGGGUACUACUUGCAUGCUCAUCAGCUAGUCCUUUGUCACCCGAUGACGAAAGAGGUGUUUAAAAUUACAGCACCCCUACCGCCUGUCUUUGUAAGUCACGAGUUAAGAGAAUGAACAAACACACAAACUUGAAAAAAUCUGUUAUUUCUGUGAAUUAUCAGUCUAUCACAUCAUAGUUCGUAUUAAUACAUGUUUCUGAUUUUCUGUAGAA